AUGGCUCCGUGUGCGAGAAUGAUGAAAGAAAUCAAGGACGAAAGCAGCGUCGAGUAUCAAAGACUUGCGUGGGAUGCGUUGAGAAAGAGUAUCAACGGGUUGGUCAACAAAGUGAGUACCAACAACAUCAAGAACAUAAUUCCGGAACUGUUUGCGGAGAAUCUAGUACGAGGUAGGGGUUUAUUUUGUCGAUCAUGCAUCAAGUCUCAAACAGCGUGUCCACGUUUCACCGACGUAUUUGCAGCAUUGGUUGCUGUGGUAAACACCAAGUUCCCUGAAGUUGGGCUCGUUCUAUUGCGUAGGAUAAUAUUACAGUUCCAGAUUGCGUACAAGCGCAAUGAUAAGCCAAGAUUACUUGCUGCGGUCAAAUUUAUAGCGCACCUGGUGAAUCAGAACGUAGUUCAUGAGCUUAUCUCUCUCGAGCUGCUCACUUUGCUGCUCGAAAACCCAACCGAUGACAGUGUUGAAGUGGCUGUUGGCUUCGUUACAGAAUGUGGGGCUUUGCUUCUAGAAGUUUGUCCACGUGGAUUGCAUGGUGUGUUUGAGCGAUUCCGUGGUUUUCUUCAUGAAGGAAAACAAAUAGAUAAACGUGUCUUGACCGAAGGCCUAUUUGCAUUGCGUAAAGCGAAGUUCCAGGGGUACCCUGCUAUUCGUCCGGAAUUGGAUUUAGUGGAGAAAGAAGACCAAUUUACCCAUGUUGAGUUGUCAUUGGCUGAUAAGAUUGACCCCCAAAUCGCCAUAGAUGUUUUCAAGGCGGAUCCGAAUUUCCUAGAGAAUGAGAAAAUAUAUGAACAACUGAAGAAGGAUAUUCUAGGAGAUCAAGAAGAAGAAGAAGAAGAAGAAGAAGAAGAUGAUCAAGAAUUGGAAUCGGAAUCGGAAUUAAUAAGGGAUGAAACAGAGACGAAUUUGAUCAAUCUUCGAAGAAGUAUGUAUUUGACGAUUAUGUCUAGUGUUGAUUUUGAAGAAGCAGGGCAUAAGCUGAUGGAGAUAAUGGAAACGGAGCCUGGUCACGAGAUGGAACUCUGCAUUAUGCUGUUAGAAUGCUGCAGCCAGGAGCGAACCUACAUACGCUACUACGGACUCAUUGGGCAGCGGUUUUGUAUGAUGAAGAAUAUUCACAAGGAAAACUUUGAAAAGUAUUUUGUCCACCAAUACUCCACCAUACAUCACCUCGAGACGAAUAAAAUACGGAAUGUGGCAAACUUCUUUGCUCAUCUACUUGCCACAGACGCGUUGCCUUGGCACGUUUUGGCGUAUAUACGGUUGACUAAAGACAGCACAAAUUCUUCUUCUCGUAUUUUCAUCAAGUUUCUCUUCCAGGAAUUAUCCGAGCACCUCGGAAUUCGCAUGCUCAGUGAACGUCUGAGUAAAGAAAUUUUCGACGAAUCUAUAUUUCCAAAGGAUAAUCCAAUCAACACUAGGUUUGCCAUAAACUAUUUCAUUUCCAUUGGACUUGGCGGCAUCACAGACAACUUGCAAGACUAUUACAAAAACAUGCCAAGGCUCGUAAUCCAACAACAAAACUCACAAGAAGAAUCUGAAUCUGGAUCAUUAAGUGAUGAUGAUGAUAGGCGCGCGAAGAAGAGAAGAAGAAACUAAGGCUACACUCAGGUGGACAUUACAUGGAGCUUUUAGUACGG